UAUCGCAAGCUUACUGUCAGGGCCUCAUUGACGCCCGUUAACAGGUCAAAUACCCAUAGUGAGCAGGACGUACAAACUGCAAUACCCCCACUCCAAAGUGACAUUCAACAAUGCGCUUACUUCUCUGCAUGAUCCUCUACCUCGUUGGAGUAAUCCAAGCCGCACCUACUACUAAUACAACUACUACCAGCGAGGAUUUUGAAGCCACGUCAUUCACGAAUAGAACCCUGUCGAACAUCAUCUCGAGCUCCGUUCUCACUAUUUUCGCCUGUAUAUACAGCGCCGUCCACCCAAAUAUCCCAAGUCCUAAGGACAGCCCAUUUUGUAUCCUACGGCGACGACUUGGCAUCAUGAUAGUGGCACUAAUUGCUCCUGAACUGAUCGUCGUAUGGGCUAUGCGCCAGCGAAUCAGCGCUCGUCGUGUUACGAAACGGUUCAAGAAGUCACGGUAUUUCAAUGUUCCUCGGCCGCAGGAGCAGUCUGAAAAUUAUGAGUUGGCUGGGGUGCCUGCAGAGCAACUUGGAGAUCAUGAUAGCACCCGGCUUCUCGUAGCGCCUGCUUACUUUUCAGCUCAAUCCGAAGAUUACACGUGGACUCAGACCCACAGUUUCUUUGUACUGAUGGGCGGUUUUAUGCUUUAUGUGGACGGGGAACCCUACCGUACACUAUGGCCUAACGACAUUCUCAGGCUGAUACGUAAAGGGUGUAUUGAUGCCCCUACCCUAACGGCAAAGCGGAUCUGCGACAAGAGUAAAGGCAAUGUGAUAUCGAAAGGGUUGAUCAUCCUUCAGGUGGCCUGGUUCAUCCUGCAGCUCAUCACCCGCGCCAUCUAUCACCUCGAAACCACCCAGCUGGAAACAGGGACGCUCGCGUUUGCGGUUCUCAAUUUCCUGACCUAUGCGCUAUGGUGGAAUAAGCCUCUCGAUGUUCAGUGUCCAUAUCCGGUGUAUUGGAAGUCGACCGAGUCAGAGCCAGAGGAUCACAUUCAUGCAGAGGAUGACAUUGAUGCCGUCUCUGAAGAUGACGAACACAAUUACGUUGAGGUGAUCGUUGAUGCAGCCUUCGGUCCAUUUAUGGAACUCACGAGCAUUGACGUUGCCACGCGUCAGCUCCGAGUUCCUACAUUUGAUGGCAGCCUUGGAGUACAUGGAUGGGACAAGUGGAUUCUUACGUUUGCCGGAAUUCUGAUGGCGACCAUCUUUGGCGGCAUCCAUGGUAUGGCUUGGUUUUUUGCCUUUCCUACGAAUCUGGAACGGCUCCUGUGGCGCAUCAGUGCCGUCGCUAUAACUUGCACACCCUGGAUUGAAUAUCUGUCGUAUGGAAUAAGUGAUGUCAUAGCUUUAGGUGAUAUGACCUCUAUUGCUAUGAUUACAUUUGCCCUGUUGUACAUUGCAGGUCGUGUUAUGCUCUUGGUACUUAUGUUUACGACAUUACGUCAUCUUCCCGUUGACGCAUACACGACGGUGUCGUGGAUUAGUUUUGUGCCGCACUUGUAGUUUUCUUACUUUCUUACUUUCAUACUUUUGUAAUCAUAC